AUGAAGUCAAAGCGAUCAUUUAUUCGUGCAAUCCUUUUUGUCCUCCGUCUGCAAAAAAACGUCAACGUUCGUCGAAAUCAGUCUCGCAGGAAUACCAUCUUUACCACCAGAAAUAUCACACGAUGCGAGUCCACCAAGCAUCGUCGUCGCUCAUCUCACAAAAGUACCCAACGCCAUCGGAACAGUGCACCGAGCAGCUCCUACCCACUCCGCUCUCCAAGUGUUAUCCGUGCCUCGUUUCUCGACAAUCAUCACAAUCAGCAGGACAAUCUUUGUGAUUUUGGAGCCUUUUCCGCGAUGUCACAACCAUAUUUGGUUGGGCUCGAUGAUUCAAGAGGCCGUCCUCUGAUCAGUGUCUGUGCCGGAGCAGCUCAUACAUUGGCAUCCACAGCUUUACUUUGCAGGCAACAAUCAUUAGAUGAACCAGCGACAAGAGCGUUGGAAAAAGUUGCUUCAGGACCUAUACUCAGAGGAAUCUCCGUCCAACGUCAAUCCAGUGUAGAGUUCAGCGAACGUCGGAGAGCCGAAGAUGCACAAAAAUUGCAGAAAAAAGCAAUUAAAACAAAUAUGAUCUCAAUGUUUGGAGCUAUCAUUGCUUGUGAGCAGAACGACGCAGAAGCACUUCGAGUCGUUAUUGACAAAAAUCAAUUUGAUGUCACUAGUGCAGUCAACGGAAAUUAUGAGCUAUAUCCCACGAAAUGGUCCCUUCUUGACAUUGCCAUCAAUUUGAACAAUGUGAAAUGUGCAUUGCUUCUUCAGGAAAGGGGAGCCAUUGAAUCAUUUCAAUUUAACACGCUCGAAAAACGGAAGAAGGCCGUCACGGAAGCAUUGGAAAUAUCAAGAUCCAAGUUGUCAGAGCUUAAAAAGGCUCCGCAUUCCAGAGACCACGACAAGCGAAUAAGUUCCCUCCAGAUCCAUUUGAGUUUGCUGAAACAAAUGGAAGAUUUCCUUGAGAAAACUGUUCGCCCCAGAAUGUUGCAGAGCGUUUCUGUAGAAGCAAUUUCUCAUUCCCGAGCCCUCAUUCAAUUCAACUACAAAGAGCCUCAACAGAGCAUUAUUUUGAAAUUCAGAAUUCAAUGGUCGGACACCGAAGAUUUCAAAACCAUUCUUGGCGAAAUAAUUGAACCGCGGCCACUGGAGAACAAGAUUAUUUUGCACAACUUAGAGCAUGGGAAACAUUACUAUUUUACAAUUACUUGUAUUGGAGUCAAUGGGGAAUCAAAGCCAAUGGUUUGCUGGCCGGGCAGAAUUGAAAUAACUAGUUUUGACGACGGUGAAAAACGGGAAAGCUGGUCAGAUAGAAUAGAAACAAUGAACAAAUUAAUGGAAGAUGUUGAUAAGCACCGGCAAAGUCUCGUUUGGCAAAGAGUAUUUCCAAUGGAGAUUAAUGGUAAAAAACGCAAAAAUGGAUUUCGGGAGCUAUUUUCGGCAAGUACUAAACUAUCAAAACACGUUCAUCACGGAGUUUAUCUUGCGGCGUUGAUUUAUACGGAGGGAAAGGUGUUAGUAACAGUUGACGAUUGUGUUCCAAUUGUUCCGGUAGACGAAAAUGUGACAACUGUAUCAAAAGAUGAUCAUCACUGGUUGAUCAAGAUGUCAAUGUGCUGGGAUCAAAUUAAUGGACUGAUGGAUGUGAACCCAAGUGCAUACUCGAAUAAUGUCUCGUUAAGUUUUCGCAACAAAUUAAUCAAUGCUGCUUUUUCAAUGCAAGAGGCACUGGGAAUUCGAAACAUUGGCCACGUGCACUACAUGCCACUGAUCUACGACAACUGCUUCUUCCUUCUCACUGUGCGAUUUAUCGAACCUAGUGUGAACUUCCAGACGAUUACGCUGAGAUGGUUGCCGUUUAACAAACUUCUACGUAAGAAGAUGCCAACAACUGCCAUCGAUAAUAUGACCAAGCAACUCCUGAAUAUUCUGAAUUUUUAUGAAGCGAGUCAAAUUCAAUUGCAACGUGGAUUGUAUGUCGGUUACUUGAAACUUCAUUCUUCAUUGAAUUCAAUUCGUGUUGUUGUACCCGAUGUUCUUCCGUCAAUGCUUCCCUUCACACGUGUCAGGGACAAUCCUCAUCUGACAAGAGAGGAGUGGGAAUGGAUAAAGUCAAUUGACAUGAAUGAGCCAUUUUUUGCAACCAAAGCACAAGAAAGAAUCCACUCCGACAUUGCUCACGCGAUUCAUCGCCUUCUUAAUGAGCUCGACAUUGACCCAGAUUUGGUUCCUGGAACAAGGCUGUAUCAUGCAGAAAUCGUACAACCCGAUGAUAACACCACAGUCAUUUUGAUUCUACCAAGAUCGGACGAUGUUUGCUCAGUGCCGACGGGGUCUAGUAAAACAACAGAGUACAUGGAGUCAAAACGUCAGUGCAACAGUGUUCCGAUACCCGUGUUUGAUAUGAUUCAUUUUCUGACGUAUCAGACCAGUUUUCUAACAUCAUAUUGCAAGUUGAGCAUAUUCUUGGAGCAUUUCAUGAUGAUUUCACAAUUUGAACAGCGGAAAUGUCUAUUAGAAAAUGACAGCAAAGUGUAUAAGAAUCAAACGGAGAUUUUGAAUGAAUUCCAGAAAAGAUUGGAAGAAAUUUGGCAAAAUGCACGUUGGAUCAGUAGAGUUGCAUCGGAGGCCCGUGACAAGCAUGUCAAGGUUUCAAAACAUGCUAUUCCACUUACCCGCUUUAUGACAGCCUUGCCGAGGAAUCCGGAAGAAGUCAGGAAGGAAGAAAAUGAACGAGAAAGCUUCAGGAGAAUACAGCAGAGGCGAAGAAUGCGAUUAGAGUUACUAGGCGAUAGACUAGCGUCUCGAGAUGGAUCGGAUACGGAAGAUGAAUAUGAAUUUGUGAUGAGUAACGAUCCAAACCCAAGAAACAAUGGAUUUUUGAAAUCAGAUCAACCAAGGUCUGCACUUAACUCUCCACAACAGAGUUAUCGGGACAUUGACAGUGUAUAUCGACGAAGACGUAAAGUUUCCACUGAUUUGGCUCUGGCACUCAGCAACACCAGUCUCAAUAAUUUGAACGGGAUUGAAGAAAAAAACCUGACUCCUGACCGACCACAAAUCAAAGAGGACAAAAUAUUCUUAGAAUCCAUAAAUGUUAUGGUUGGGUACGACUGUCAGAUUCCGAAAGGAACAAAAAUUGCACUUUCGGUAACACAGAGUACAGAAGCUGGAGAGGUUGUAAACUUUGUGAUUGAACAAAUUGCUAAAUCGGCUGCUGGCAUUGAUAAUGAAAUAACACUCAACGACAGUUCAGAGUUAUGCUUGGUAGCAGCAUUUGGGCAACGAGAACGACGUUUAAAAAAUGAGACAGUAAUCCAACGAUUAGAUAGAACAUGGUUAAGGGGCAACUUUUUGAUUCGAAGGAAAGAUGGAUUCAUGAAUGGAGAAGAUAUUGCAAAUGAAUCACUUGUCUGAUUAUCCGGCAAUUUAAGUUAUGUAUUUACUGUAUAGUGUGUAGAAUAUUGUGGUGGUAUGUAACGUUCUUGACCAAAACACCCCCACAUUGAACUCAUCGCACCUUCGUUGUGCCAAAAAUUUUAAUUUAUUAUUUUUGUCAUUCCGUUGUUUUAUCUUUUAAAAACUUUGAUAUACAUACUUAGAUCCCUAAAUGUCAUGUUUAUUUCCACGUAUCAUUUGGUGAAUAGUAAAAUAAUAUUUAUUAUCUUUUCCUGCUUUUUCAAUGUUUUCCUACACAUCAAACUUUUUUGCCAUUAGGAAAUUACUUUCAAUAAAUCAUAGGAUAAUGGGAA